AGAAGGAAAUUGUGGAAGUCUCAAUCAACGUUCAAUCUUCUGGAGAGUGUGUCAAAUCUCCGAUCGAUUCUCAUCUCCAAGAUUAAGGAGCAGUAGGAGACUGAAAUCCCGUUCACUUUCUUUUUCUGGAGGAGAGCAGAGAGAGGUACGCAUAGAUAUCGCUGUGAAGCAUCAUCCAAUCGAUGUUCAUUUCCGGUAGGAAGAAUCGAAGUCUCGUGGUUUUAGGGAGGAAAUCCGGGGAGACACACUUGGAAGAUGUUUCUUACGGAUUAUCAAUCUAGAGCUUGCAUUAUCAAUGGAGCUUGAUUUGAAUCCGUGACGUUCUUGUUGCUGUUGUUGUGAAUCUGAGCAUCAGAUCGGCUCGUUUUCGCACUUAGUUGGUCUAUUUUCUUUUGACGGAGUAUUUGUUGUUGAAUUGGUUUGAUUUAUUUGUUUUUUUCGUUGCAAACAAUGAACAACGGUGGCUUACAAGAUGCCGCGGCUCCGGAGGGAGCGCUAGAGCCGCUGGAGUGGAAGUUCUCUCAGGUAUUUGGAGAACGGGCUGCGGGGGAGGAAGUACAGGAAGUUGAUAUCAUAUCAGCUAUUGAGUUCGAUAGAACUGGAGACCACCUUGCUACUGGAGACCGUGGGGGUCGGGUGGUUUUGUUUGAAAGAACUGACACUCGCAAUCAUGCUGGACAUAGGAGAGAUCUAGAGAGGAUGGAUUAUUCAAUUACCAGGCAUCCUGAGUUCCGCUAUAAAACAGAGUUCCAAAGCCAUGAGCCCGAGUUUGAUUAUCUUAAAAGCUUGGAAAUUGAGGAGAAAAUUAACAAAAUUAGAUGGUGCCAAUCAGCUAAUGGUGCUUUGUUUCUUCUUUCAACUAAUGACAAAACUAUCAAGUUCUGGAAGGUCCAAGAGAAGAAGGUUAAGAAAGUAUCUGAAAUCAAUGUUGAUCCCUCAAAAAGCAUGGAAAAUGGUCCCGAUGUUGGUUCAAGUGCGUCAUCAAGCUCAACAAGCUCCAAACCUUAUAUUUCAAAUGGGGCAUAUCCAAUCAAUGAUUUUUCCUGCUCAACUGGAGGUUCUGCAUCUCUGCAUUUGCCUGUGGUAGUAACCAGUCAUGAGACAAGCCUUGUUGCCAGAUGUCGGAGAAUAUAUGCUCAUGCCCAUGACUAUCAUAUUAACUCCAUUUCAAAUAACAGUGAUGGUGAAACUUUCAUUUCAGCCGAUGACCUGCGAAUCAAUCUCUGGAACUUGGAAAUUAGCAACCAAAGUUUUAAUAUUGUUGAUGUUAAACCUGCUAACAUGGAGGACUUGACUGAGGUGAUAACUUCAGCAGAAUUCCAUCCCAUUCACUGUAAUAUGUUGGCAUAUAGUAGCUCAAAAGGUUCAAUUCGUCUUGUUGAUCUGCGACAGUCGGCACUGUGUGACAGUCAUAGCAAAUUGUUUGAGGAACAAGAAGCUCCUGGCUCAAGGUCUUUUUUCACAGAGAUAAUAGCCUCAAUCUCUGACAUUAAGUUUGCAAAGAAUGGAAGGCACAUACUCAGUCGGGACUACAUGACUCUAAAGUUGUGGGAUAUAAAUAUGGAAUCUCGACCAGUUGCUACUUUUCAGGUUCAUGAACAUCUAAGACCUAAGUUGUGUGAUCUAUAUGAAAACGAUUCUAUCUUCGAUAAAUUUGAAUGCUGCCUUAGUGGAGAUGGACUUCGAGUGGCUACUGGUUCCUACAGCAAUCUCUUUCGCAUCUUUGGUUGUUCUGAAUGCAGCACAGAAGCAACAACAUUGGAAGCUAGCAAAAAUCCCUUGAGGAGACAGGUCCAGACCCCAUCUAGGCCCUCUAGAUCUCUUGGUAGUCUAUCUGGUGUUGUCAGGCGAGUUAAAGGGGCAGAUAACUCUGGAGUUGAUGCCAACGGGAAUACUUUUGAUUUCACAACAAAGUUGCUACAUUUAGCAUGGCACCCAACUGAAAACUCUCUUGCUUGUGCUGCUUCAAACAGUCUUUACAUGUAUUAUGCCGAGGGAUGGUCCAAGAUAGAUCAUUGAUUGUUUUACCAGGCAAAGCUUCCUGAAUGUGAUGCAUAUGUUGCUUUGCCUCUCUCAGUUUCUCUCCAAUCAACAACGAGGAAGCUGCACCAUAUAUUGUAAUCUGGGUGAUUCACUUGAAUUCUCGCAAAUCCUCUGAUAACUGGUUCAAUGUGGCUUCUACUGAAACGUCUACAAGGGAAGAUUGAUUUCUGCUUCCAGUCAGGCCUGCCCACUGAUUAUAUCUUUGUAAGGAAAGAUGCUGCUAUGUCACUAUUGUGUUUUACUGAGGUAAAGAAAUUGUGACGGUGGCAUUCAACUAUGUGGGACUUAUGAGAGCUUUAGCUGAAUCCAAGGAAAUUGACAAGUUCUGGUGCAUCAAUUCUCAUUGAUAUUGCUUGGUCUAAAAUCUUCUUCUUGCACAUCUGUGUUCUUUUAUUAUGAUGAUACUUGUUUUUUAAAUUCUAACUAUUCUUUCUCCUCGUAGAAUUCCUCAUUUGUGGUAUGUUGUGAUUUCUGCCCAGUGACGGUUCUUUGGGGAUGAAGUGUAGUGUAGAACUCCAAGCUAAGCAUUCUACUUCAUUUAAAUUCCAAAAUUUUAGAAGUGUUGUUGCUUGUUGGGCAAUUUGUAGAAUUCUGGAUACGAAAGUAAUGCAUGGUUACAGAGUCACAUAAUGAUGCUUGAAAGUUUUAUUUUCAGAUUUGCAAACCUUUUAUACGGGGGCAUCGCAUUAAAUUGUUUAAAUCAUU